AGAAUGGUGGCUCUGUAAGCCCCGCCUCAGGUGGCCGUCCACGGGCUUCAGGGUGUAGGAUUUCACCUCCCACGGGAGGACAGCUCAGGUGAAGGGCAGCAACCAGAUCUCUAUGUAAAGGGAGGAUGCUGUGGCUCAAAAGCUGUCAUCCCCAACAGUAGGUCGAGUUUCUUGUGGGGUACUCUAGCUUGAGGUUGUCAAGACAACAGAAGGUCCGGAGAGGUACCCGACACUACUACAGUUAGACAUGCAGCCUGAGAACGGCUCACUCGGCGGCGAUAAGUCAACAGAGGCGGGUGUGUCCUGGGGAAAGGACCUGCACGACGAGGAAGAUCCCAGGAGCGAGGGGCACUCGGACCCAGACGGAGACCCAGUCCUGGUGUGGGUUCCCAGCGGGAGGCGGCUCAUCUCUGGGCUGCUGGGCCUCAACGUGGUGCUGCUGGGGGCAGCGCUGGUGGCUGGACAGGCUUUCAACCCAGAGGGUCUGAAGCACCAGGAGCCUCUGGUGUUCAUACUGCUCCUGAUGGGACUCAGCAUGGGGUGGAUGCUGUGGUACCUGCUGUGGGCCAGGAAGAAACCGGGGAGAUCCCCACACAAAGACCACCAUGCUGGGGGUGCGCCCAUCAGAGUGGUCCUCCUGCUCUUUGCUGUGUUGAGUCUCCUGCUGCAUGUCUUCAGGAUGGGCUACGCCGUCCUGAUGAAGGAGUGUUCUCCAGCUGCUAAAGUGAUCUUCCCUUUUGUGGAGGCUCCCUUCCUGGGGCUGCAGAUGUAUUUUAUCUGGGCUCAUUCCAAAGAUUGCAUUCACAAGCACAAGAUCAUAACCAGGUCUGGCCUCAUGGUGACCCUCAGUGCAGACCUGUUGCUGUGGCUACAUGCCAUCUCAGAAGACACAGUGCACCAGGAGAUUGAGUUAGAAAAGGAUGAUUAUGACGAAGAUGAUUUUACUAACACUUCAUAUCGCAUUCCAAUGUUCUCAGGUGUGAUCAAUGCAACCCUAUGCAAGUGCAGUGCGAGUGCAGUUUGCCUUGUGUUCCGGAAAGGCUACGAAGUCCUGUACCCCUUCAACAUAGAGUUCUAUCUGAUGGCUGGCUGCAUGCUCUACGUCAUGUGGAAGAACGUGGGUCGGAGGGUGAGUCCUGGCCCCCACCCACCUCACGGCCAGAAGCUGACCCUACACAUCGUUCGCGAGGGUGGGAUCUUGUUCGGCCCCCUGCUGGGUUUUCUGGUCCUCGUAGCGGGGGUGACUUCCUUCGUCCUGUAUCAAGUGUGGGUUGGCCAACGCCAGCACCGUACCAAUGCCUUCCUCAUAUUCUAUGGCUACCAUCUGGCUGUGAUGCCCGUCAUGUCCAUCUGCUGCCUGGCUGGCAUGCUGGUCCACAAGCUGGAGAGGAGAGCCACCGAGGGAGGGCACAACCCCACGCGUAGCCUGGACGUGCUUCUCCUGGUGGGAGCCGCCCUGGGCCAGCUGGGCCUGUCGUACUUUUGCGUGGUGGCUGCUCUGGCUUUGGGGCCUAGCGGGGCCCUGGGAAGCCUGGACCUUGCCUACUCCCUCCUCAGCCUGCUGGAGCUCCUGCUCCAGAACAUCUUCAUCAUCGAGGGCCUCCACAGACACCCCAGUCUGGCCCUCGCCAAAAGCAAAGAAAGAAAGAGAAGCAGCAUAUUCAAGCUGAAACGGAAAGACAACGGGGAAAUGAGCGAAGUCAGUCCAUCAAUAGACAUCUGCAUGGCAGCGGGAGGAAGUGCUUCUCCCCCACCAGCUGAGAAGCAGGGAGGGGGAGGCAAAGCACCCUGGACCAAGAGGGCCAUGCAGGAGAUCUGUGCCUUUCUCAUCCUGUCAAACAUCAUGCUGUGGGUCAUCCCUGCCUUCGGGGCCAACCCCCAGUUUGAGAACGGUUUGGGGAAGAAGUUCUUUGGGUUCACUUCCUGGUUCGUGCUAGUCAACCUGGGCCAGCCCUUGGGAGUCUUCUACAGGAUGCACUCUGUGGGAGCCCUGGUGGAGCUGUUGAUCACUGCCUGA